AUGCUUCUGUUCAACAGUAAUUCCAAUUUAACUACGAUAUAUCCCGCUUAUCAACCGGUUCCAUUCGAUCAUACUUAUAUACUAUAUGAUCCCCAGGAUGUCAUAUCUGUGAUCUGUGUCCAGUUUUCGUUGUUGCCCAUAUACAUCAUGGUGUUCUACACGGCGUGGUUCUUAAUAACUCGAGAGAUAGAACCAGUUAUAGCCGUGGGUGGUCAUUUGUGCAAUGAAAUCGCCAACAAAAUUGUCAAACGACUUAUCAAACAUCCGAGACCAGAUUUCCAUAAGGACUUUGGGUUAGGUUCAUACAGUUUGACUUACGGGAUGCCGUCAGCCCAUUCUCAAUUCAUGGGGUUUUUUGCAGCAUAUUUCAUAUACACUAUUCAUUUCAAAGUGGACCAUAUGCCAGCCAGAAAGAAACGUUUUGCAUACUUGUUGAUGAUAACUGGGAUGGUUGCGGUUGCAUUCUCAAGAAUUUACCUUUUGUAUCAUACAGUUCCUCAAGUCAUAGUUGGGGUAAUGGUGGGAUUCGUAUUGGGAAUCUGUUAUUUCAUUGCAUCCACACUCGCCAGAGAUGUGGGGUUAGUUGAUUGGGUAUUGAAUUGGCCCAUUGUCAAGUACUUCUACAUAAAAGAUACUUAUUAUUACAAGUACGAAACUUUCCAGCAAGAACAUGAAAACUAUCUUGCAAAGAGGAAGCUGGCCAAGGAUACUCUGAUACAAAAGACUACCAAGGAGAAAGAACUACAAUAG